UGCAUGUAAUCACUCUCGCCCCCACCCUCUGCUCUGCUCCAGUUCCAGAUAUAGAAGAUGCCCAUAAAAACUGGGGUGGGGGGCAGGUGCCAGAGGGCAGAAUGUUCACUAAGGACAUCCAAGGACACAGGGAUGGGGGUUGCAGAAAGGUAGAAAGACAAGGAAGGAGAGGCAGGGAAAAACCAACCCCCCCAGAUUCUGCAGGGUCCCCAUUGGCAGGACACUGGCAUGGGGUUGGGGUGCAAGAGUCUAAAUGAUCUAUUCCCGAGAAUUUUGCAUCAGGACCCAGCUCCAGGGCAAGAGCUAUCUUCUCUGUACCCUCUCUGGACACUCAUACCUCCAGAGUUAUGUAAGUGGCACCACUCUGAAUCCAGAGGAUAAUCAUAUCAGAAGAGCCCCAGUCUGUCCCUCCCCCAUGGCACAGUGCCUGGCACAGGUAGGGACACAUAUAAACCCAUACUUCCUGCGUGUCCAUCUGUAGGAGAGAUGCUCCAGACCCCAGGAGCCAUGACUUGUGCCCUUCUCUUCAGGCUUCUCCUACUUACGGCCCUGGUAGUCCCCUCCCCAGGCAAAGGCCUUGGUCCCACAUCUCGCCUGCGUUAUUCCAGGUUCCUAGAUCCGUCCAACGUCAUUUUCCUGCGCUGGGACUUUGACCUUGAGGCUGAGAUCAUCACUUUUGAGCUGCAGGUCCGGACAGCUGGCUGGGUGGGCUUGGGUGUCACAAAUCGUAACGCCAGAACGGGGAGCGAUCUGGUUGUUGGAGGAGUCCUGCCCGACGGCAACGUCUAUUUCUCGGAUCAGCACCUGGUAGAUGAAGACACCCUGGAGGAGGACGGGAGCCAGGAUGCUGAGCUGCAGGGGCUGACGGAGGAUGCUGUCUACACCACCAUGCGCUUCUCCAGGCCCUUCCGCUCUUGUGACCCUCACGACCAAGACAUUACGAGUGACACCAUGAGGGUGCUGGCCACCUAUGGCCUGGAUGACACUCUGAAGCUGGACCGGGACCGUACUUUUGUCAAGUCUAUCUUCCUGCUACAAAUAGUCCACCCUGAUGACCUUGACAUUCCUGAGGAUACCAUCAUCCAUGACCUGGAGAUCACUGAUUUCCUCAUUCCAGAGGAUGACACCACGUAUGCCUGCACCUUCCUCCCUCUCCCCAUCGUUAGCAAGAAGCAUCACAUCUUCAAGUUUGAGCCCAAGAUGGUGGAGCAUGAUGAGACAAUGGUGCAUCACAUCCUGGUGUAUGCCUGUGGCAAUGCCAGCGUUCUACCCACGGGCAUCAGUGACUGCUAUGGAGCUGACCCUGCCUUCUCCCUCUGCUCACAGGUCAUCGUAGGCUGGGCUGUCGGGGGCACAAGUUACCAGUUUCCAGAUGAUGUGGGUGUCUCUCUUGGGACCCCCUUGGACCCCCAGUGGAUCCGACUGGAGAUUCACUACAGCAAUUUUCACAACCUUCCUGGUGUGUAUGACUCCUCGGGGAUCCGAUUAUACUACACUGCACAGCUGCGCAAAUAUGACAUGGGAGUCCUCCAGCUGGGCUUCUUCACUUUCCCCAUCCACUUCAUACCCCCGGGCGCAGAGUCCUUCCUGUCCUAUGGGCUGUGCAAGACGGAGAAGUUUGAGGAGAUGAAUGGGGCCCCAGUGCCUGACAUACAGGUGUACGGCUACCUGCUCCACACCCACCUGGCUGGCCGUGCUCUGCAGGCUGUGCAAUACAGAAAUGGGACACAACUCCAAACAAUCUGCAAAGAUGAUUCCUAUGACUUCAAUCUGCAGGAGACUCGGGAUUUACCGUAUCGAGUGGAGAUCAAACCGGGAGACGAGUUGCUGGUAGAGUGUCACUACCAGACGCUGGACCGGGACUCCUUGACUUUUGGGGGUCCCAGCACAAUUAAUGAGAUGUGCCUCAUCUUCCUCUUCUACUAUCCCCGAAACAACAUCUCCAGCUGCAUGGGGUACCCUGACAUCAUCCAUGUGGCCCAUGAGCUGGGGGAGGAGGUAUCAGACUCCAUGGAGGGCAUGAUGGCCAUGAACAAUAUUGAGUGGACUCCAGAGAACAUUAAGAAGGCUGAGAAAGCCUGCAAGGGCGCCCAGCAGAUGGUGAUAAUAAAGACCAUUGAUGAGGUGGUGGAAAAUACGACAGGCUGGAUUCCAGAAAUCAUCCCUACUACUCGGGGACCCUGCUUGGAGUCCUCUGGAGGCAAAGUGGAACCCCAGGACAAAACCCCUGCAGGUUUCAGGGCUGCACCAGUGGGCCUCUCAAGCUCCAGCACUGCUACCCUGAGGUGCCUCCCUCUGGCUGCCCUCUUGUUUGGGCAGGGGGCUUUUUCUUGGCUUCUUGCCACCCUGAAGGUUGUAGUCUGAUACUGUAUCCUCAUGUCAAAUACUCAGGUUCCACUCUGCUCAGCCUUCCCCUUAAUAUCAAAUACAGAAACUCCCCUCUGCUUGGGCUCACCAAAGACCCUGACUGUCCCCCUUCCCACAAUCAGGCCACAACAUUGUAGGCCUGGGUGAUUGCACUUGUUCCAUAAAGGCUCUUCCUUCCAUGCUCAGGGAUGCAAUUCAUCUUUUAAAGCUUUAGAAACAAUAAUGAGACCACAUAUUUUCUGACAAAAUCUGGAUUCAAGGCUGGCUCACUCUCUGAGAAGCCUGAUGCUCCAGCUUACCUAAGGGGAUGCCACCUGGGGAGAUGGGGACUGCAAGCCCUCCUUUGCCCAUGCUGACCCUAAGGGGGGCUCCUGUUUCUCUUUUCUUAUGGCAUUUUUUUGUCCAGCCUUCCCUAUGAGGCAGAGGCAGCAAGCCACAUGUGUGAUUUGUAGUAAAGGGAGAGGCUCUGUUUAUAGGGGACAAAGUUCAAGACAACAGAUUAAAUAGAAUUCAACCCGCUUCCUGUUGCCAUCUCCUUCCUUUGAGCCUUUGGCCCAGGGAGGCAGCUGGGAGGUCUCUUGAAUGGCUCAGUAUAAGGCAUCCAGAGGGCAUUUGAGGACCCGGUUGCCAAAAAGCAACAUUGAAAGCAGUCCUUGGUCUCCUCACCUGUGCCUCUACUAUCAGAUGAUUUUCACUUAUCCCACCAAGUGUGACAUUCUCCACACUCAAGUCAUGAGGGGUCAAGAGACUAACUGGCAGGGCAGGCUGAAUUGGGCUCUGAAAAAGUCAAGACCAAGGUGGAGAGGGGCAAUCCAUAGCUCUGCAGGGGAUGUCAAGAAGGUUCAGAUGGACAGAGUAGGGAAUAGACCCAAAUGGUUUGUGGAGUCAGGUUGCAAUUUGCAACCACAAUCGACAAGAAAGGGGUAUUGGUCAUGGCUGUUCUGGGCUUCUGGGGGGCACUUCUGGUUUCUAAGAUUGAGAACCUGUGUGGUGCCUUUGAGACUUAAAGUCACCAUUCUACUUUAUGAAUUGCCUUGCUCAUUGUUCAUGUGCAAGGGACCCCUACUCUGGCUAUCCCAAGGUAUUUAGAGGAAUCAUAAUCAUAAUUAUAACCCCUUGAAACCAGGGAUCUGGCCUCUGUAAAUUGUUAACCACUGCUUGAGGGGACCAGCCUUGAUCGAACAUAAUAGCCCUGCUUCCUAGCAGAGUAAGCUCUGGGCUUGGUGAGGUAUGUGCCAGAUACUGAGCCCAUUACAUGUGCUGAAACUUCUGGAGAAUUCUGGAGGCUCCGUUCAAAGAUUAUGCAACAUCUUCAGUGUUAGCAUUCAGUUCCUGCAGUCUUAGUCUUGGAUAUUUUUAAUGUUUGGGGCCACUUCUGGGCCUUGUAAUGUGUGAGCAGAGGGACUUGCUAUCCUUAAAUCAAAGAGGUUUUACAAAGUUUAUGAUUAUGGAAGGAUCUAGUUUCACCUGAAGCCAGAGGACUGUGUGUGCUCGCAGUUGAGUAUCUCUGUGGUCCCACCAUUCAAGGAAAAUGGAGGAUUUCCUUUUGAUCCUCAAACAUGCUUGAUGCCGUUUGGCAGCUGUGUGAAGUACGCAAAUUACUCUCUACAGCAUGAGGAAACAUACAGAUAAAGAUGAGAUGCAGAUAGAAGCAUAAAACAACGAGCACAGACCACUUUUGUCUUUGCCUUGUCAAGUCUGACAUUUCUAUUCCAAUAUUCUGUAUUACUCCAAGGCCCCCAAGCAAAUCCUUUCAACUUCAACCUCCCAGGUUAAAACAAAAACCAAACACCCUUUCUGGCUGGGUUUCAGAAGCCAACCCUCAAUUUAGACAGCAGCCUUACCGUCCCGUCUACCCUGGCAGGUUCAAGCUACUGAGGCAGCUGCCCCCAGGUUCUGUGCCAGAAUUUCCCAAGUCUCCCUUUGCCCAGCUCACAGCCCAGUGUGGGACCUAAGCACCUCUGCUUUCCUUUGUGUUCCCUGGAAUUUCUUGUUCUUAUUUAGCCUUCCUUCUUUAAUUUUAUUUUUCUUUCCAUCUCCUGACUUCAGCAUGUAGUGAUCAUGCACAUAUUUGCUGAGCACCAUCUGUGUGCUUGACAUUAGGUUAGAACAGGAACCACUGAAACUAAUAAAAACUGGGACAAGCACCUGCUCUGCCCUUGUGGGGCUAUGGUCAAGUUUCUACAAACCCCUCAAUGGUCAUUUUUCCCUUUGGCUCACACAAUCCACCUCUGAGGGUUUCCCAGUGCCACUGAGCAUUUCCUCCUCAACUACCUAGAGAGAGGAACUCUCUAUCAACCUAUACAGAAUGAUAUUUCUAUAGGUAAGAGGGAUGCAUUUACAUCAUACAUAUACUAGACAGAGAGCUCAGACCAGUACUUCUGGGGAAAUGUUUUAAAACAUUCAUACUUAGGGGCAGCCUGGGUAGCUCAGUGGUUGGGCUUCUGCCUUUGGUCCAGGGCGUGACCCAGGAGUCCCCGGAUCGAGUCCUGUAUUGGGCUCCCUGAAUGGAGCCUGCUUCUCUCUCUGCCUAGUCUCUGCCUCUCUGUGUGUCUCUCAUGAAUAAAUAAAUAAAACAAAAAAAAAUCGUACUUAGGGUAGGAGACUUGAUGAGACACCUUGAAGUUUUUGCAACUCACAAGGUGUGACUGCAGUUUCUUAGUGGCCUAAUGACACACUGCAGGAGGAAGGGGCUCAACGUUGAGGUGGGAAGAGAUAGACCUCAACUUCCUGAACAUUCUGUCCUUGGGGCUGCCACCCCUUAGCCCUGAGAGGUCGACUCUAAGUGACUGAGACUAUAGUUCCUUCUUCAUCUCACCUCCUCUACUAGAAACCCCAUGUAAA